CCAGGUGUACAGAAAGAUGUCAACCUGGAUAUGCCAAGAUGGUUCAAGAAGGAAAGCCCAUUUGCUGCUAUGCUUGUGCUCGAUGUGCGGAAGGGACCUUCUCCGCCCAGGAAGAUGCAGAACAUUGCACCAAAUGCCCAGAGGAUCAACAUUCAAACAAGGACAGAGAUCAAUGUGUCCCCAAGAUUAUCACCUUCCUGGCUUAUGGAGAAUAUUUGGGAAGCGUUUCAGCUUCUGUUGCCCUCUUCUUGUCCUUAACAGCAGGCAUCGUGUUGGGAAUCUUCAUUAAAUACAAGGAAACUCCCAUAGUCAAAGCCAACAACCGGGACCUCUCCUACAUCCUGCUCGUCUCCCUCCUGCUUUCCUUUUUGUCCUCCUUCCUCUUCAUCGGACGCCCAAGGAAAGAGACCUGCCUUCUCCGGCAAACGGCCUUCAGCAUCAUCUUCUCAGUUGCUGUUUCUUCUGUCUUGGCAAAGACCGUCACGGUGGUGCUGGCCUUCCUGGCCACAAAGCCCGGGAACAGGGUGAGGAGAUGGCUGGGCAAGAGUCUGGCCAACUCCAUUGUCAUCUCCUGUUCUGGGGGGCAAGUUCUCAUCUGCACCAUCUGGCUGGGGUCUUCUCCCCCAUUCCCAGAGCCCGACAUGCGCUCCCAGCUGGAAGAGGUCAUCCUGCAAUGCAACGAAGGGUCUGUGGCCAUGUUUUACGUUGCCCUCGGCUACCUGGGCUUCUUGGCUGCCACCUGCUUCACGGUGGCUUUCCUAGCCAGGAAGCUGCCUGGCUCCUUCAACGAAGCCAAGCUGAUCACCUUCAGCAUGCUGGUCUUCUGCAGUGUUUGGGUGUCUUUUGUGCCCACCUACCUGAGCACCAAGGGCAAGUACAUGGUGGCCGUGCAGAUCUUCUCAAUGUUGGCCUCCAGUGCUGGGCUCCUGGGUUGCAUCUUCCUUCCCAAGUGCUACAUUAUUGUGCUGAGGCCUGAUCUGAACACAAAGGAGCACCUGACAACAAAAUCUUAAGAUUUCUGGUCUUUAAGGAAGUCUUUAC